UACAUAAGAAAUAAAAUUAAAUAACCGAAACCUUUAAUUUGAUAGCAAAAGAAAGAACAAAUAUUCAAGGUCCUUUCUUAGGAAAUGAGAAAUAUAUGGCGAUACAAGAAUUUUUUUCUAGUUGUUGGGUAAUACCACGGUAAUACCGACAACUACUCUCAUUUCCUCACUUUUACUUUAACACUCUUAAAUUGUUGGUCUUUAUAAAAGUUGCGUUCUUCCAUUAACUUUAAUAGUUUUCCAUCAAUCUCCGAUAAGUGAAUUAUGAGUUAUAUAAAUUAAAGGCACUAUUUGAAUUUUACUGGUUGCAUAGAGGGAGGCAGCAAUUAUCAAUUUCUAAGUGACAUGUGUCAGAUGUGUGACGUUUAUUUUCUAAAGUAUGCAAAAUUCAUCAAUUCAUGCAAAAUCGUAGGUAAACACGUAAAAAUACCUUGUAUAAAAAUCCUAAAAAAAUAGAAAUUAACUUAUAAAAUCCUAUAUAAGACGUACAGAUUUCAUAAGCCAUGUAGAUUCUAUUAAAAUGAGUGAGAACAAUCCAGAAUUGGUUGAAACUUCAACUCGGCAAGCUCCCAAUCCGCAACGUAUUGCUAAUAAAAUUCACCAUAAUGUAUAUAUUCAAGAUAUUUUAAGGCAGAGAGCUCUUGGUUUCAAACAAAGAAACAUAAGAUUUAAAGACAAUUUUAUUUGUAAAUUGUAUAGCUCUUUUGAUUCUGUUAAUUAUGUUACAAAUUCAAAUCCAUAUUACAAGUAUUGCGGCGGCAUUUUUAAUCUUGAAUUCAGCUUAGAUGGGAAAUUGCUUGUUGCUGCAUGUGAAGGUAAACAAAUUCUGCUUUACGAUGCUUCAAGUCAUAAGCAAGUGAAAGCUGUUGAAAAUUCACAUGAAAAUUGUGUGAACUGUAUUAAAUUUUUAGAUGGAAAAACAUUUGCCACAGGAUCUGAUGAUCAUUUUAUUAAAUUAUGGGAUGUUCGAAAUUUGAAAUCUUCAUUUAGGACUCUUCAUGGCCACUCCAACUGGGUGAAAAAUAUUGAAUGGUCUGAACAGGAUCAAGUGAUGGUAACGUCAGCAUUUGAUGGAUCUGUAUAUGCUUGGAACUUAAAUGAUGCUACUGAAAACAAUAUGCUUUUUGAAAAAGUAUUUUUAAUGAACGGUUUAAUGCGUAUGAAACUGACACCGGACGGGACAAAAAUGAUAAUUUCAACUACUAUAGGAUAUAUUAUCAUAAUACACAAUCUUAAUUUGUUAACAUUGGCAACUGACUUAAGGUCUUUCCGACCUAAUUUGUAUAGGUUAAUGCAAGCAAGUGAGCAGUGUUUCCCUGUAGCAACUAGUUACAACUACUUAUUCAAUCCGAAAAGGAAAAGAAAUAGAAUAGAGUUUAUAGAUGACUUUCCCAAUGAAGCUGAAGUUAUCAGUUCCUUACAAAUUCAUCCUUACGGUUGGUGUGCAGUUUCAAGAAAUUUAAAUGAGGAUGAAACAGAUGAGUGGACCGUUGUUCAUGACAUUCAAGAUCGAAACGAAGAAGACUAUAGUACAGCUUUUAGUACUGUGGAGGAGCUGGACGAUGAACAAGAAACAGAAGAUCCACCAACUCAAAGACCCACUGAUCUUUGGAUGGGUUACAUAUCUUUUGAUGACUACAGCAACAUGAAUAAUUUCAAUCAACAAAUACGCCAAGAAAUUCGAAUUGUUAAUAGCGAACUUAUAGGCUACAAUAACUCGUACACUAAUCCUUAUUUCCAAAAUCACCCAGAAGAGAAAAAUAAGAUUAUACAAAACCUACCCAGAAUGACGCAUUUUAUCAAAGAAAAAAGUGUGGGCAAGGGUUUUAUUAAGGGACUGUCCUUUUCAUCGGAUGGCAGAAUUAUUUGUUCCCCUUAUGAUAAAGGAGUGAGAUUGCUGGGUUUUAGUGAAAAUUGUGAAGAAUUAUCCGAGUGCGUGCCGGAUAAACCGCAGCAGUUAAAAACUAUCGUUGAAUUGAAUGACUAUCACAGGGAUACUGUACUAUCGUGCAAGUUUAGCCCUACAAACUAUCAGUUAGUUACUGGAUGUUUAGGUAGUGAGAUAAAAUGGUACCAACCUGUACUAUAGUAUUAAUUAGUUCAUUAGCUUUAAUAAAUGUAUAAAUUGUGAUGAAAAUACAAAAUAUGCAGUGAUA